ACAAUAGGCAGACGUGCAAACAAGUCGGUCGAUCGAUUAAUAUUGUUCACACAUCGCAUCGCUCCUUUAACAAAAAUGGCAAAUUUCAAUGACAACGCAGCGAAUGCGGAGACCGAAGCAAAUCGCUGGGCUAAGUUUGGAAUGCGCCUGGCUGUCAGCGCUGCACUGCAUCCAUUUGAAUACUCAAAAACGUUAAUACAGAUUGGCUACGAACCGAUUGGCGCCAGACCCGGCAAAUCGAUGAUGGGCAGACCCAUUAUGUGGCUGCCCAACAUUUGCCAGUACGCUGGUCACAUCAAAAAUGUGGAUGGUUUUUAUGGUUGCUAUCGCGGCCUGGCACCCAAAUUGGUUGGCUCCGUGAUGAGCAUGGUUGUGAGCGAGUGCGUUGCCCAGAAGCUGGGACUUUCGCAACAGGAGGACAAGGACGAAUCCGAGCUGACCGAGGAAGAGAACUAUUUGCAAUUCAAGUACAAUCUGAAACGCGACAUUGUGCUGACGGUGAGCGGAAUUGUUGUCUCGCAUCCGUUCCAUGUGAUGUCGUUGCGCAUGAUGGCCCAGUUUGUGGGCCGUGAGAGGCUCUACAAUUCAAUGCUGGGCUCCAUUGUCGAAAUCUGGAAGACCGAAGGCAUUUCAGGCUUCUUUUCUGGCCUGAUCCCCAAACUGCUGUGCGAUGUGACCUGUUUGGUGCUAUCGAGCUCCACGGUUUUCAUACUGAACAAAUACCUCAUCAAGGAUAAGGUGACCCGGCAAUAUAAUGCUGGCUUCGCUCAGUUCGCCUUCUCGAGCAUACUGUAUCCACUGCAAGUGGUAUCCACAUGCUCCUCAAUUAGCGGCGCACGCCUGAUGGCCGGCCAGCCGCCAAUAAUGCCGCGAUACAAAAAUUGGGUUGACUGUUGGAAUGAUUUGCAAUCGCGUCGAGUACUCAAACGCGGCAGCUCGCUCUUCUGGCGCUCUCAAGACAUCCAGUCGCCCAUAAUUACCACAUCAGCCUUUGCCCCACCACAUUUGUCCCGCUAUCAAUAAACGAGUUGUUCAUAAAGACGCGAUAAACGGCUAGGAUCCUAAUAUAUCUAUAUAUAUAAUGAUAAUAGUCGGAAACACGCCCACCGAGAGACGCGUCUGCCUGCAAUUUUAAUUAGAUGAUGAUUUGCUCGACGAGCGCGGACUCCCUAAGACAUAACUAUUAUUGGCCAGCGUUAUUGUAAAUCAAUAUGUUAAAGUGAUCGCUUAAAUUAUGAUUAUCGAUCGAGUAAUAACCAAUUCAUUGCAUUGCAUUGUAUAAUUUUAAAAAUGUUUAUUUUUUUGGCAUGGAUGAGGCUUUCAAUAAACUAACAUUUAGCCAGC